AAUUCGGAGUGAGCUUCAAAUUUUCAAAAUUUGUUCUGGACGACAGCACGGCUGUGAGUGUCCUUAUAUAGACGACGAAAAAGUACCAUUUUGACAAGUAGUCUGCAACUUUUCCCCUUGUUUCUAAACAAUGUAGUUGUCGAAAUUUCCUAUAUUUCAUUUUGUUCAGGGGACGUCAGAAGUCGAGGAACUAGAAAAACAACUCGAAGUUCAAUCCUCCAUCAUUGAAGCUUCCAAGGUUUGUAAUCUGACACACCACUCAACGUAAUCUGACACCACUCAAUGCAAUCUGACACCACUUAAUGCAAUCUGACACCACUUAACCACCAUUCAACCACUGACACCAUUAAAUGCAAUCUAGUGCAAUCUGACACCACUUAAUGCAACGUGAUGCCACUUAACUACACCUCUCGACCACUUGCAGACACUGCUGUCGCAGGCCAACACUCGCAGACUGAAGAAAGAUAGAAAGAAGGAGAUCCGAGAUGCCCUGGAGCGCUACCAGGCUCUCGAGGACAAGCUGCAGCAGAUGAAGAGGAGGGGGAUCGGCGGGGGCGGGGCGUCGACUUCACGGUUUCAUGUUGAAUCUCCCAUCGAGGCCCACACUACGGCAGCGGUACCGGGUUCUGUUCUGGGUGGAUCCAGAAUGGGACACAGUGGAGGGAGCGUUGACGACACAAUGAUUGCCAGUCUCAUCUGGGACUCCCCCUCACACCCCGCCCCCCAUGACCCCGCCUCUACCAGCGGACUCCAGAAAUCCCCUCUUCACAAGAGUACAUCCGCUCUCACCGACCUCCAGGACGUUCCCAUGACAACGUCGACUCUGGGGGCUCACGUUAAUUACCAGGGGCAUCCCCAUUUAGCUCCGCAUAAUUCUCGGGAGUAUCACAAUCGCAGCACGUCGUAUCGCCCGCCGGAGGACAUGUUUUCUCCUCCUCCUCUCACCCCUGUUUCCGCAGGUCUCGCUGCUCCCCCACGCAACCACGGAGGUCUGCCGGAAUUUGACCUCACUGACGAAAUAUUCCAGCAUUUCUCAGGGCGUUCCCGUAGAGACGUGACUCCGCCCACCACUGCUCGUCACGACUACCACCUUUCUCCGCGCCAGACGUCCGGCCCAGAACUGCGCACCCAUUUCCCUCUCCCUCCCCAUUUCUCCUCGUCCCCCAUCAAACGAACCUCGUCCCCAGAUAUCGGAACUCGUCAUCUCCAUGGCGACCAGCGGGCACGGUCAAACAGUCCAGAUAUGUACCUCCCAACCCCCGAACACUAUCACUAUCGGCAACAACAACAACAACAACAACCAACGGCACACUCUUACUCCAACUCAUAUCACUCGGGGGGAACCCCUAGUCGUAAUGCUCAUUCCAAUCCACCCUCUCGGCCCGGUUCCGGUAGCAAGGGUAAUUACCGGUCUGGAAUGAUAGGGGCAAACCCUCAGUCAGCCGUCACCAGUCCACCCUGGUACGAUGGAACGGGAAUGAGUCACCAGCAUCACCAGCAGCACCACACACACCAUCACAAACCUCACACUGAAAGCACGAAUCGUACUUCUCACCGGGAAGAGGGCGGGGCCUAUCGCCAGGGGCAACAGCAUCAGCACAGCUCGACUAAACCGGCGGCGGUCCCAAUGCCGAGGCGAAGAAAUGAAGAAACAGCAGAGAUCCAGGAGUUCCUUCACGACCUCGCCAAACGAGAAACUAACCCUUUUAAUGAUGGGGGAACCCUGGUCUAAUUCCACGUUGACGUGGAUCGAAGACUCUUCCCUAACUCUCAUUCCAUGUAGCGUUUUUUUUCUUUCUCAAUUCAGUUCUGUAUAAUUAAUCUAAUGUUAGAUGAUGUGUCUGUUGACCACAAAAUUUUUGAUAUUAUUUUGGAAAUUCAGAAGUGGCGAGUAAUUACGCUUAAGUCAUACGCAUGCGUAGUGGACAAGUUCUAAAUAGUGCUCGCUCGCUAUUUCUAAAUAAUGCCCACUUCGAAACCGGUGCGGCAUGUGCGCAUGCGUAGAUCAACCCUAGCCCGAAAAAGCGGUGCGUGCGUGCAAAAGAUGGCCACCACGACGGCGGUGGAGGGAGAGCAGGGCAGCGGCGCUCGCCCCGCAGCUGAGAAGCCGCUCAACCUGAAAUGGAAGAGGAUCGCUAACACGACGGGUCCUGCGCCCAAGCCGCGACACGGACACCGCGCCGUGGCCAUCAAGGAACUCAUCAUCAUCUUCGGCGGCGGGAACGACGCCAUAAUCGACGAGCUCCAUGUGCUCAAUACAGCCACCAACCAAUGGUUUGCGCCUCAGGUGAGGGGAGAGAAGCCGACCGGAUGUGCCGCCUUUGGCUUCAUCUGUGACGGAGUCAGACUCCUCAUCUUUGGCGGAAUGGUGGAAUUCGGACGCUACUCCAAUGACCUGUACGAGCUCCUGGCAAGUCGGUGGGAGUGGCGAAGACUGACACCGCUGGGCGACGCCCCCUGCCCGAGACUGGGCCACUCAUUCAAUCUGGUGGGACAGAAGGCAAUCAUAUUUGGAGGACUGGCAAAUGAAUCCAAUGAUCCCAAACUCAACAUUCCCAAGUAUCUGAAUGACCUGAGUUAUCUGGAGAUCCGCGAGGGGACUAGUCUCCAGUGGCAAUGUCCGGUCUUUGACGGUCCCUCACCCUCCCCCCGUGAGAGCCACGCAGCCGUUACCAUUGGCAACAACAGACUUCUCAUCUACGGCGGGAUGAACGGCCGUCGCCUUGGCGAUGUUUGGAUCCUUGAUAUUGACCAAAUGCAGUGGAACAGCGUGUUGACGCAGGGCCCCACCCCCCUUCCUCGCAGCCUACAUUCCAUGACCGUCAUCAAAAACAGGCUUUUCUCGUUUGGCGGGUGGGUGCCCGUGCUGGGCGAGGACGGAGCUGUACCGUCACACGAGACCGAGUGGAAAUGUGCCAACACUAUCUCCUGCCUUAAUCUUGACUCAAUGUCAUGGGAGCUGUGUCCAUCGUACAAGGAGGUGGAGGAGAGUGAGGAGGCCCCGUGCCCGCGAGCCGGUCACUGUGCCGCCAUCGUGGGGACAAGGAUGUACGUCUGGAGCGGACGAGAUGCCUACAAGAGAGUCUGGAACACUCAGGUGUGUUGCAAUGACCUGUGGUACCUGGAGACGGAGAUCCCGCCUGCCCCCACGCGGGUCCAGCUGGUCAGGGCCGGUACCAAUUCCCUGGAACUCCUCUGGACCACCAUCUCCUCUGCUGACUGCUACUUACUUCAGAUCCAACAAUACAACACAACUCCUCCAGCUCCCAAACCAAAAGUCGAGGGAACAACAAUCAAAGCCGAAUCCGGCCAAUCAGAACCUGGCGUCGUCGCCCCGGCAACCGGACAAAAGGAAGCCAUACCUCAGUGGUACGACAUCGACGUCGUCAAGACGACUCAGUACACGGUCAGCGGGUACCAGGUUCCCGUGGAAACGGAGGACAAUAAACAGCACCUGGGGCAGACCCCCAAGAUGCAGAAGGUAGAGCUGCAACCAGGCAAGGCCUAUAAGUUCAGAGUGUGUGCCAUUAACUCGUGCGGAAGUGGACCAUUUUCUGACGUGGCUGCGUUCAAGACAUGUAUGCCAGGAUUCCCGGGAGCUCCUUCUGCUAUUAGGAUCAGCAAGAGUUCGGAAGGCGCUCACUUGUCCUGGGAGCCACCGGCCAACUCAGCUGGAACCAUUACCGAGUACUCCGUGUAUCUCGGUCUCAAACCUCAACCUGGGUCCCAGCCUGGUACCAUGGCGUUCGCCCGCGUCUACUGCGGUCCAGGCAGCUCCUGUGUCGUCAGCCACACCCAACUCGCCUCAGCCCACGUGGACACAACGUCUAAACCUGCCAUCAUUUUCAGGAUAGCCGCCAAGAACGACAAGGGCUACGGACCGGCCACCCAGGUCAGGUGGCUACAAGACCCAAAACCUGCUGACAAGGCAGCUGCUGCUGUUGCCAAGCGACCAGCCUCGUCCCCUGCCCCUGGAGCUCCUGAAGAUGCGAAGAAAGCAAAAGUUGGCUGACGAGCAGCUGAAAAACAAUCUGCGAUUCACUAACAAUUCUUCAUUCUCUGAUUCACUCAUCUCCACUAUAAUCGCACCCUCUUAUAGACCCUUGGCUGUCUCCACCAUGUUACGUAGAAUCUUUGACUAUUUCUGCAGAAACCCUCCCUCGUUUAAUGGCUGAACCAUUAAUAUUAUGACAACUGUACAAAAACAACAUGAAUGACAGGUCAAAAAUGAUGUCAACAAUAAUUUAGUCUAAAAUUAGUAACAUGUGAAACAUUGCAAUAAACAUGUACACCAAUAUUAGGAAGAGAGUCAAAGGCAGGAAAGGAUGAGCUGAUAAUGACAUCAUCAUGACGAUGAGACAAAGUUUAAAAUGAGAUUAGUGGAGAAUGAGAUUUAGACUAGGUGUAGGUGACUUGUAUCCGUGGCGACCAGUGAGUUGCUAGGGGAGACGGUUGCCUGGAAACCGAGUCUCUCCACCUGUUGUAGUUGCCUGAGGCAGUCUGAGUAGUGUUCCUGGAGGGAGGCCAUUUCUGAGGCUUGCUGCGACAGCUGGCUGUCUAGCUGACACUUCAGAUCCUUGUACAGCUGCAACUCCUUCAGAGUGUAGCCUGUGGUGGGCAUUAUUUGGAAUUCAGAGUGGUAGAAAAAUGCUAUGGUUAAGUGAGCAGAGAUAGAUAAGGAUAGGUACAACGAGAUUCCACUCUACAACUAUAGUCAAUGUAUUAGGAAGAGUUGGCUCGCCUAUUUGUUAACUCAUGUGC